GCCACCAAGCACGGCGACGCCGUUCCGCAUAUCAUAGUCACUGAGGCCAGGGACUGCGUGGGAGGCAACAUCAUCACCGUCGAAAAGGACGGCUAUCUCUGGGAAGAAGGCCCCAGUAGUUUUCAGCCGUCCGAUCCCAUGCUCACUAUGAUGGUGGACUGUGGUUUGAAAGAUGAUCUGGUUCUUGGGGAUCCAAAUGCACCUCGGUUCGUGUUGUGGGAUGGCAAGUUGAGGCCCGUGCCAUCCAGCCCAGCCGACAUACCUUUCUUUGACUUGAUGAGCAUCGGUGGCAAAAUCAGGGCUGCCUUUGGUGCUCUUGGCGGUCGCCCUUCUCCACCUCCUCCAUGUCUUGAAGAAUCGGUUGAAGAGUUUGUUCGCCGUAAUCUUGGCGAUGAGGUUUUUGAACGCUUGAUUGAGCCUUUUUGUUCAGGUGUUUAUGCGGGUGAUCCUUCAAAACUGAGUAUGAAAGCAGCAUUCAGAAAAGUUUGGCAGCUAGAGCAAAAUGGAGGUAGUAUCAUUGGUGGUGCCAUUAAAGCAAUCCAGGGGAGAAACCGUGCCCCUAAGACACCUCGAGAUCUGCGUCUCCCGAAACCAAAGGGCCAAACAGUUGGAUCUUUUAGGAAGGGACUUGGUAUGUUGCCGGAUGCAAUUUCUACAAGGUUGGGAAGCAAAGUAAAAUUAUCUUGGAAGCUUUCAAGUAUCAGUAAAUUGGAUAAAGGAGGGUACACUUUGACCUACGAAACACCUGAAGGAUUGGUUUCAGUUCUUAGCAAAAGUGUUGUGAUGACUGUUCCAUCCCAUGUAGCAAGUGGUUUAUUGCGUCCUCUAUCUGUUGCUGCUGCAGAUGCACUAUCAAAAUUUUAUUACCCACCAGUUGCAGCAAUUUCUAUUUCAUAUCCAAGAGAAGCAAUUCGGACUGAAUGCUUGGUCGGUGGUGAACUAAAGGGCUUUGGUCAAUUGCAUCCUCGUAGCCAAGGGCUGAAAACUUUAGGAACUAUAUACAGCUCGUCACUCUUUCCUAAUUGUGCACCACCUGGAAGGGUUUUGCUCUUGAACUAUAUUGGAGGUGCCACCAAUCCUGGAAUUAUGUCAGAGAAGGAGAGCAAGCUUGUUGAAGCAGUUGAUCAAGAUCUGAGAAAAGUCCUCCUAAAACGUAAUGCUAAGGAGCCACUUGUAUUGGGUGUGAAAGUAUGGCCACAAGCCAUUCCGCAGUUCUUGGUUGGUCAUUUUGAUGUCCUUGAUGCUGCAAAAGCUGGUUUAAGUGAUACUGGGACCCAAGGGUUGUUUCUUGGUGGCAACUACGUUACUGGUGUAGCCUUGGGUCGAUGUGUUGAGGGUGCUUAUGAUGUUGCAGCUGAUGUGGCUAAUUUUGUAUCAAAAUAUACUUACAAAUAGUACAGUAAACGGUGAUCCUGCAUCUUGUAGAAGUGCAGUGUUAGGAAGUAGAACUUAAGAUGUUCCUUUGGAUGCAUCUGUGGCAUUAAAUAAUAAUAACAGCUUCAGUGCCAAAUUUUGUAAUUACUUGAAACUCUGAAUGUACUUGAUUCUUCUUUC